AUGAAGUUCUCUGCCCUCGCCGUCGCUGCUUUACUUCCUGCCCUUGCCUUGACUCAAGAGGCCCCGACCAACCAUCCCGAUGUUCCUGUCGUGGAGGGUCGCGAUCUAGAGAAGCGUGCUGCUGUAUCAGGAAAGGUUCUGGUAGAUGGGCUUCGCUAUCGGACUUGCCCAAAGAGCUCUUGUACUGCGGUUGGCCAGUACGCCAAGGGAACAAAGAUCUCGAUCAAAUGCUUGACCCGAAUUGGCACCACCGUCGAGAAUGGUGAUCCGUAUGUAUCAGCUCGCGUUAUAAAUACCAGGUUUCAACUAAUGAUGAAUACUCUUAGGGGCUGGGCCAAGCUUACCAACGGUUAUUGGGUUGCUAUGGGCUAUGGAAAGUACAUCACUUGGUCCUGUAAGUCUAGCAUACUAAUACCUGGUCCUUAUUUUCCAAGAUAA